AUGGCUCCACUCCGUCUUCUAAUUGAGCAGGGCAAAUUUGUCGAUGCUUCCGGUCGACAGGUCAUCCUCCGCGGUAUCAAUGUCGCAGGGGACGCCAAAUAUCCCAGCGAGCCCUUCGACCAGCCCUCCCAAAUCUCCAAAGACUUCUUUGAUGGGGACAACGUCAGCUUCCACAAGAGACCUUUCACAAAGGACGAUGCUCACGUACACUUUGCGAGGCUGAGGCGCUUUGGCUACAACACAAUACGAUAUAUCUUCACAUGGGAGGCUAUCGAGGCCCGAGGCCCUGGGAUAUACGACGAAGAGUGGAUAAGCCACACAAUAGAGGUGUUGAGGGCAGCCAAGGAAUAUGGCUUCUUCGUGUACAUGGACCCGCAUCAGGAUGUGUGGUCACGGUUCUCCGGCGGCUCUGGCGCCCCGAUGUGGACGCUCUACCUCGCCGGCCUGAAUCCACAAUCCUUCGCCGCCACGGAAGCAGCCAUCGUCCAAAACACCUACCCGGAGCCCGAGAAUUUCCCAAAGAUGAUCUGGUCUACCAACUACAACCGCCUUGCCGUUGCGACCAUAUUUACGCUGUUUUUUGCGGGAAGGGACUUUGCGCCUAAGUGCAUCGUCGACGGCGUCAACGUGCAAGAUUAUCUACAAGGGCAUUUCUUCAGUGCUUUGGAACAUCUGGCAAAGAGGAUCAAAGAAGCCGGAGAUGUCAACAAUGAAGUCGUCUUUGGGUGGGAGAGCAUGAACGAGCCGGCGCGGGGUCUGAUCGGCCUUGAGGACAUGAGUGUCAUUCCGAAGGAGCAGGCGCUCAAAAAAGGAACGUGUCCGACCAUCUGGCAGGCCAUUCUUACUGGGUCUGGACGCGCCUGUGAGGUCGAUACGUGGGACAUGGGUGGGCUCGGGCCUUACAAGGUUGGCAGGACCUUGAUCGACCCUCAAGGCGAGAUCGCUUGGCUUCCCGCUGGCUACGAUGAUUCGCGGUACGGUUGGAAGCGUGACCCUGGAUGGAAGUUGGGAGAGUGUAUAUGGGCGCAGCAUGGAGUUUGGGACCCCAGCUCCGACACGCUGCUGCGCAAGGACUAUUUUGCGAACGAUCCAAAGAACGGGGAGGUCGCGAAUUAUCCCUAUUUUACCAACAAUUGGUUCAUGGAAUUCUACAGGAAAUAUCGGGAUAUGGUUCGCUCACAUCACCCCGAGGCGAUUAUGCUGUGUCAACCACCAGUGCUGGAGCUGCCGCCCAGCAUCAAAGGGACCGUGGACGACGACCCGAAUAUGGUGUACGCGCCACACUAUUACGAUGGCAUAACACUGAUGACCAAGAAGUGGAACCGGACCUGGAAUGUGGACGUGCUGGGUAUACUGCGGGGCAGAUAUCUCACACCUGCAUUCGGCAUCAAAAUCGGCGAGACGGCUAUCCGGAAUUGUUUCAGAGAUCAGCUGGCAGCGAUGAGGAAGGAAGGACUAGACUACAUGGGUAAUCACCCUUGUGUCUUGACAGAGUUUGGCAUACCAUUUGAUAUGGAUGACAAGUAUGCCUACAAGACGGGGGAUUACUCUAGCCAGAGCGCAGCGAUGGAUGCGAACCACUUUGCUGUGGAAGGCAGUAGGAUGGAGGGCUACUCAUUAUGGGUCUACUGCACAAACAACGUCCACCAAUGGGGAGACCAGUGGAAUGGAGAAGACCUCUCGAUCUAUUCGCUCGACGACAAACCUCUGGCGACCUCGGCUGUGCCCCCUCCCAUGGUUGAGUCUUCGUCCAAUUCCCGUCUUUCUGAAGACGUGGCAGUGACGCCCAACAAUCUCAAACAAACACUCACCAAUGAAGCACCCUCCGUGUCCACAACCUCCAGCCACGCUGCCAACACAGGCAAUCCCUCUCAGCUCAUGAACACCACCGACCCAUCCCUCAAGGCAACACCCGGCUACCGCGCCGCGGAGGCAUAUGUGCGGCCGGCACCGGUGGCGGUGAGCGGGGACAUUACGCACUACACAUUUGACCUGAAGAGCUGCACCUUCGUCCUGAAGCUGCGCACUGCCAAGGACCCGGGCCAAGAGACGCCGACGGUUAUUUUUCUGCCCGAGUAUCACUUCCCGCGGGAGGGCUGCGUGAUCGAGGUCUCGAGUGGCAAGUGGGAGAUUGGGCAGGGCGACGACGGCAUCCAGCGGCUGCGAUGGUGGCACGGCAAGGGCGAGCAGGACGUCAAGGUUGUGGGGCAGGCGCGGAGGUAUAACGCCGGGGACGGGAAGGACGGUGCCCCUGGUGAGGAGCCGGGGUAUUACGACCAGGUCAACAACUGGCUGGCCAACGGCUGUUCCGUGAUGUAA